UAGUUUUCCAACGAGGAAGUAAAUUGAAGUAACAAGUUUUUCUGCAGUUGAGUCAAUAUGGAAGAAGAGACUCCUGAAUUGGUUCUUGAUUUUAUAUCAAGCAAACUGGGAACCAGUGAUAUAAAAUUUCUCGGAAUCCAUCUUGGUCUCGAUAGCAACGACCUUGACACCAUUUCCUGUGACUACAAAAAUACCCAUGAAAUUAAAUUUCAGACCUUAUGGAAAUGGUAUAGUAAAACUGACUCUUCAAGUUAUCUCAGAAGUUUAACAUCCGCUUUAAUUACAAUUGAAAAUAGACUUGCAGCAGACGAACUCAAUGCUCUUGAUGUAAAACAGCUUUAUUUUAAAGGAGAGAUACCGAUUCCUGAAAAGCGUAUUUCUGACAAGGAUCUAGAUUUUCUGUCUGCUCAUGUUGUUACAGAUUAUCAAAGAAUUGCAAGAUUUUUAGGAAUGCGACAGGACAAAUUACACACAUAUCAUGAGAAACGAAUAAAAGACCAAGCGAUGCGAUGCUUGAAAGACUGUAAUAAGCUGAAUGCAAUUUCGAGACAGAGUAUGUGUAAUGCACUGAACUACGCUGAGCGCCAGAAUAUUGUGCACCAACUAGUGAAGUCGUGGAACACCAAUUAAUGUUGAGGUUCUUUUAUAUCUUUGACCUUAAAACAAUAGCUUUUAAGCGAAAAGUGGACAAAUUUUAAUAGCAUUAUGAUUUAAAUAUUACCAUUAAUGUCCUGAUAGAUACUUGGUUUAUAUGAUGACUCUUUCAAUGUAUGUUGCAUUGUCUUUUUUUUGUAACACUUGAUGAAGUGUGUCUGUUGUUUCGCUGUUUUGCACUAUAUAUGAUGUGUUUCCCUUGGUUUUAAUGUGUAACCCGAAUAUUUUUUCUCUCCAUCGAUUUAUGAUGUUUGAACAGCGGUAUACUAUUGUUGCCUUUAUCCGAAGCUAAGACAAGUUCACAUAUGUGGUUUAAGUUUUGGGGUACGAAGUUUAAUUAGCAUAUCCCGAGAAACCUUUCGGGUUUCGGACCUCGAGGAAAAAAUACCUUUUUUUAACACAAUCAGCUCUUUGGAAAUUUAAUAAUAAUUGAAUACAUAUACAAUCUCCAUAGUUUUACACAUUUAUUCUAUGGUCCUCUACUUGGUAUAUCACCACAAAUUGUUAAAAAAACGGAAAGUUCCUAAUCAAAUGGCAAAAUCAAAUGAUCAAACAAAUCAAACGAAUGGACAACAACUAUCCUAUAAUGUAGAAAAUAGUGGAUUGAACCUGGUUUUAUAGUGCUAAAUCUCUCACUUGUAUUAAAGUUGCAUCAAGUUCAAUAAUAUUUAAGCUCGUCCACUUGUUA